AUGGAAACAUACGAUGAAAUAAGUUUUGAUACUGAUUUAGAUGAUGAUGAUGAUGAAACAGAUCAAACGCGUGAUUGUAUCCUUCCACGUUUAUCAUUUGACGCAAAACUAAUAGCACAUCGAAGUAAUCGUUUGAAUCAAACAUUUGGCCAAAUAAGUGUACCAUUUCAAUCCUCGGCAGAAAUUCAAGCGCAUGAUGAUAUUCUCGUUCCUAUACGCUGCAAAAGUUCAUAUAAUCAUGCAGGAAGAAGGCGUAUGUACGAAAAGAGUUGUCAUAUGCUUGAUUCAACAAUGGAUGGGCAAUUAUGUAGUCUUCUUGCCUACGAGAAUAUAGCUGUUGUUAAUCGAUCACUGAGUUUUAACGAUAUCCGUGCAUUUUCAACUGCUAUUGAAGCAAAUCUUGAAGGCUUGACAUUAAGUUCUGUUGGUCUAACAUCACGGUCAAUUGAUAUGCUUUGUCAAGGAUUACCAAAAUGUGUUCAUUUGAAUCUGUUGGAUUUGUCAUGGAAUAAAAUCAAUAAGCAAAGUUUUGAAAUAUUAGCUGAUACAAUUAAUCAUUUACCAUUAUUAAUUUACUUAUCUUUGUCUAAUUGUGGUAUUCGAGAUUCAUAUGGUCGACCCAUUGGCGAAAUAUGUCGCCAUAAAAGAUUAAUGGAUAUUAAUUUAAAUGGAAAUGAAUUUGAAGAAAUGGCAUGCAUAUUUAUUGGCAAUGCGCUAACAGAUAAUACGAGUUUAAAAGAUUUAAAUAUAAGUUGGAAUUUUAUUCGAAGUUAUGCUACAAUUGCUUUAUUGCGAGGAUUUGAAACGAAUAGAACUCUAACAAGUUUUGAUAUAUCAUGGAGUAAUCUUGGUUACGAUGGAAGUGUUGCGCUUCGUCGAGUGUUAAUUGUUAAUCAAAUUUUACUACAUUUAAAUAUAAGUAAUUGCAAUAUCAAUUGGACAAGUGCAAAAUUGAUUAGUGAAGCGACAAAAGUAGAUUCAAUGCGUAAGAUUAUUGAACAUAUUGAUGAAAGACAUUGGCGUACAUUAGAUUAUUUUCGAAUAUUGAAUUCUAACAAGACACUUGAAGAACGAAAACCAACGACUGCUGAGAAUAAUUCACAGAAACUUGAAGCCGAAGGUCAAAAUGAUACAAUAGAAAAGUUUCAGCAAUAUCUUACCGAUCGACUAGUUCAACCUUUUACAUUUAAAAAUUUAAGUACUGUAAUUAAUCAACAACGAGUACGUGAUCGAUUACUGAAAGCGCGUCAAGAAAAACAAGAAAAAGAUCUGAAAAACCGAAAUAAAAGAAUUUUAGAAACUGUUAAUGAAUAUUUUCCAGAAAUCGAAAUCCUUAGUAAACAAGAAAAACAUAAAGAAGCUCUCGAAAAAUUAUCAAAACCUCGAAUUAGUAAUAUCAAUGAACAAAUAAAAUUUAUUCAAUCUAAAUGA